AUGUUCGAGCAACAAGCGAUAAAUAACUCCGACCCCCAGCCAAUGGAGCCUCCAUCUCUGGAAAUUAUGCUCCUUCACCAUCUAAUGAUUAUCUUGAUCACACUGUUCGGUAACUCUCUUCUGAUUUAUGUCAUCUACAAAAACAACAAAGUUCUACGACGGAAACGAGUCACUCCUGUACAAAUGCUAAUGCUUCACAUGUGUGCUGCGGAUAUUCUCUUCGCGCUGAUCUCUGUCGGUCCCACCAUGGCCAUCACCGCUACUGUGCCCGUCUUCUACGGCCCAAAUUGGUUAUGCAAGUUCACCAAAUUCCUUCAAGUGAUUCCAAUGUACGCCUCCUCGUUCCUUCUUGUCGCUAUCAGUGCUGAUCGGUAUCAGGCAAUUUGUCGUCCUCUCGCCUCAAUGAAGUCUUCUGCUUACAACCGACCAGCCCUGUACUCGGCUAUCGCUUGGACUGCAGCUAUACUUUUCAGUACUCCUCAACUUUAUCUCUUUGAAAAACGAGAUGGUGACUGUCAUGAAAACUACACCGAGCCUUACCAAUACCCGCUCUAUGUCUGCUUGUUCAACUCAGUCGUCUGGCUUCUUCCCAGUGCAAUCGCCGGUUAUUUGUACUUCUGUGUCUGUAAAGCUGUCUGGAAGAGUGCCACUAUGCAAUGUGUGGAAUUGGAUCGUCGACGUGUCCAAACCGUGAAACUAACUUUGACAAUCGUAGCUGCUAACUUUGUUCUCUGGGCUCCAUUCUGUAUAACAUCAGUCAUUGAUGCUCUUUGGCCAUCAGCUAUUAAUUCCACAUUUGCCACGUACAUCAUGUUCUUCGGUAAUCUCAACAGUUGCAUGAACCCCUGGCUCUGGUUCCACUUCAAUCGAAACCAACUCCGCCGAGCCUGUCCGUGCCGAAAAUCAUCAGAACCUCUGAUCCAAUCGUUAGUUUAUGUACAUGUGAUGACCAGUGAGCACAGCGAUUUUUGA